AUGUUUGAAAACAUUCAAUUGAUCUAUAUGAAUGUUAAAAUUUUAAAAUUCUGGUCACUUUUAUACGAUAGCAACUGGCGUCGUUAUGUUUGUCUAACACCUACAACAUUUUUAGUUUUUACUCAAUUCUACUAUAUGUUUAUGACCCAUGAAGGUAUCGAUGCUAUAAUACGUAAUUCGUAUAUGUUGGUUUUAUGGUUUAAUACCAUAUUAAGAGCAUAUAUUUUGAUCUAUGAUCGAGAGAUAUAUCAAAAUUUAAUUAAAGUUUUAGAAGGACAUUUUAAUGAUUUAAUGAAUUCUAAUGAUUUUUAUAUACAAUCUUUAUUGGACCAAGUAAAUUCUAUGGGUACAGUCAUGUCUAAAGGUAAUUUAUUUUUGGGUUUACUUACUUGCAUUGGUUUUGCACUCUAUCCGUUUUUUGCUGUCGAAAAAGUAUUGCCAUUUGGUAGCAUGAUACCGGGUGUUAAUGAAUAUCGCUCACCAUUCUAUGAAAUCUGGUAUGCUUUUCAAAUGAUUAUAACACCCAUGGGCUGUUGUAUGUAUAUACCCUACACUACGCUAAUUGUAUCCUUUAUAAUGUUUGGCAUAGUUAUGUGUAAAACUCUGCAGCAUCGUUUAAGAAGUUUAAAACGUUGUGGCAAAAAUUCAACUUUAAUUUAUCAGCAGGUUAUUAAUUGUAUUAAAUUUCAAAAUGAUAUUAUAAGUUAUAUAGAAACUGUUAAUCAUUUAACAACUUUUAUAUUUAUGUUGGAAUUUUUAGCAUUUGGAGCUUUAUUAUGUGCUUUAUUGUUUCUUUUAAUAAUUGUGGAUUCUACGGCUCAAGCUCUUAUUGUUUGUGCCUAUAUAACCAUGAUAUUUGCUCAGAUAUUGGCAUUAUAUUGGUAUGCCAAUGAGUUAAAGGAACAGAAUUUAAAAAUUGCUGAAGCUGCUUAUGAUACGGAAUGGUUUACUUUUGAAAUUUCCACACAAAAAAAUAUUCAAUUAUUGAUUUUACGAGCUCAAAAACCAUGUUCGAUAAAAGUGGGUAAUAUGUACUUAAUGACUUUGGAAUUGUUUCAGGCUUUAUUAAAUGCUUCUUAUUCAUAUUUUACUUUAUUGAAGAGGGUUUAUGGCUAA